CUUGACCUGCCCUAACCAACAGGCUCUCUAGGUUCAGUAUAUAAGCAUGUAAAAGUGGGAGAUUCACAAUUGCACACUGAGAAAGGACUGCCUAACACACAAGGUUCACUAUUUCAAGGAGAAAUGGGGAACCAUGCCACUAAAGCCUCUAAAGACAAGAAGGAUGUAAUACUCCACCAGAUUAAGCCAAACAUGGUGAGCAAAACUUCAGCUGACAUAAAAUGCAUGUCAGUAAAUCGAUGCCCAUUUUCCAAGCAAGUGAAGAACUACCAGGACGGUUUGAGCCAUCAGGAUACGUUACAUCACAGAGCAGUUAAGAGCCAGGUUUGCAUGUCCAAUGUCUGUGAAGGCUCUAUCAUGACUCCAAAGGCUCUGAUGCGCUGUCCUUCCUCCACCCUGCCAGACUCUGAUGACAUCCUCAUGCAAGCUAUUGACUUCAUCAAUCAGUACUACAAGUCAAUUAAAAACUCAAAAAUUGAGGAGCACCUGUCUCGUGUGGAGGAAGUCGCGAGGGAAAUAGAUGCUACUGGGUCAUAUCAACUCACCACAAAAGAACUGGAAUUCGGGGCUAAGCAAGCAUGGAGAAAUGCACCGAGAUGCAUUGGCAGAAUUCAGUGGGCUAAUUUGCAGCUGUUUGAUGCACGCAAAUGCAGAACUACUGAAGAUAUGUUUCAGAUGUUGUGCGAUCAUAUUCAGUUUGCUACCAAUGGAGGCAACCUGAGGUCUGUCAUCACUGUGUUUCCUCAAAGAACUGAUGGUCAACAUGAUUUCCGCGUGUGGAAUAGUCAGCUCAUACGAUACGCUGGCUAUAAGAUUACAGAUGGUACAAUAAUAGGAGAUCCCGCCAGUGUUGACUUCACAGAGAUGUGCAUCCAGCUUGGGUGGAUACCAAAGUACGGUCUGUUUGAUGUGCUUCCACUGGUGCUGCAAGCUAAUGGAGAGGACCCUCAGUUAUUUGAAAUUCCCCAGCAUUUAAUUUUGGAAGUUCCCAUAGAGCACCCACAAUACGAGUGGUUUAAGGAUUUGAACCUCCGAUGGUAUACGUUGCCUGCAGUGUCCAACAUGUUACUGGAGAUUGGUGGUCUUGAAUUCCCAGCAUGUCCUUUUAACGGUUGGUACAUGGGCACUGAGAUUGGAGUGAGGGACUUCUGUGAUACCCAACGCUACAAUGUUCUUGAGCGGGUUGGCCGCCGAAUGGGCUUGGAGACGCAAAAACUGUCCUCGCUAUGGAAGGACCAGGCCUUGGUGGCCAUCAAUGUCGCAGUAAUGCAUAGUUUUCAGAAAAAUAAGGUCACCAUAACUGACCACCAUUCUGCAUCAGAAUCCUUCAUGCAGCACAUGGAAAUGGAAGUGCGUCUGCGUGGAGGCUGUCCAGCCGAUUGGGUCUGGCUGGUGCCGCCAAUGUCUGGAUCCUUAACUCCUGUGUAUCACCAGGAAAUGCUGAACUACAUCCUGUCACCCUUUUUCUACUAUCAGCCUGAUCCGUGGUUGACAUACAAGUGGAAGGAUAAGAGGAGAUGGAGGAGGUGUACAAUCAGCUUCAAAGGAUUGAUCAGAGUAGUGCUCUUCUCUCAGACACUCAUUAAAUCAGUUCUGGCCAAGAGGGUGCGUUGCACCAUUCUCUACGCCACAGAAACAGGGAAAUCACAGACUUUUGCCAAGAAACUAAAUGCCAUGAUGAACUGUGCCUUCAGCUCCAUGGUUGUUUGCAUGGAGGACUACAACUUCAGUGACCUUGAUAAGGAAAGUCUGUUAAUUGUUGUCACCAGCACCUUCGGCAAUGGAGACUGUCCAGGAAAUGGAGAGAGUUUCAAGAAGCAGCUUUUUACUCUGAAAAGCCUCAGAAACAAAGUCAGGUUCUGUGUGUUUGGUCUCGGCUCUCGUUCGUACUCCCACUUCUGUGGGUUUGCCCAUGCAGUGGAUGAUAAGCUUGCGGCACUGGGAGCCAUCCGCGUGUCCCCCACAGGAGAGGGAGAUGAGUUGAAUGGACAGGAGGAAGCUUUCUCAGCCUGGGCUUGCACAGCCUUUAAGGAUGCAUGCAAGGCGUUUAACAUUCAAGGGCAGCUUCCAGGCAGCGAUGGUCUGGCAGAUUCCUGGGAUCCGCAGAGGCACAGAGUUCAGAAUGACAGCUGUACACUUGACCAAAUCGCAGCUCUAUCAGCUCUCCAUUCUAAAGCUGUGGUUCCCAUGAAGCUGAAGAGAAGGCAGAAUCUACAGAGCCCGGAGUCAAGUCAGUCUACAAUAUUGGUGGUGCUGGAGAUGGAUGGGAACACUGAGCCCUUAAACUUUGCCCCUGGAGACCAUGUGAGGAUUUUCCCUGGGAACUCACCUGAAUUAGUAGCUGGCAUCCUAAAGCAUCUGCCCAGUGACCCUCCUAUCAACCAGAGCCUUCGCUUGGAAUUCCUCAAUGAUUCCUACCCUGAUGGUGAAAGGUGGCAGAGAGAUGAACGAAUACCACCAUGCCCCCUUGUUCAAUCUCUUACCUACUAUCUUGAUGUCACCAGCCCACCCUCACAAAGCUUCCUCCGCAAACUCUCAAAGAUGGCAACGCAGGAAGAUCACAGGCAGCGCCUCUUAGCACUAGCAACAGACCUCAAGGUUUACACAAUAUGGAAGGAGUUCCACAAACCUACAUUCCUUGAGGUGCUAGAGGAGUUUUCCUCUGUGGAGCUUUCUGCUGAAUUUCUCCUCAGCCAGCUGCCUCUACUGAAGCCACGCCUUUACUCCAUCAGCUCCUCCCCAGACCUCCACCCUCAGGAGCUCCAUCUCACCGUGGCAGUGGUCAGCUAUCACACACAGGAAGGAAAAGGUCCGCAGCAUUUUGGUCUCUGCAGUGCCUGGCUCAAUACCAUCGAAGAAGGACACAUGGUGCCAUGUUGUGUCCAUAGCUCUGACGGGUUCCACCUUCCCUCCGACCCUAGUGCGCCCUGCAUACUUGUUGGAGCUGGGAGCGGUAUUGCUCCCUUCCGUGGCUUUUGGCAACAGCGAUUCUAUGACAUGAAAAAAACAGGUCUGAAAGGGAGUCCGAUGACACUUGUGUUCGGUUGUCGGGAUUCAGAUACUGAUCAUCUUUACAAAGAGGAGACUCUGGACAUGAGAGAUAAUGGCAUUCUAAGCAAUAUCACAACAGCUUAUUCUAGGCAGACUGGAAAACCCAAGGUUUAUGUCCAAGAUAUCUUGCGAGAGCAAUUAAAUGACAAGGUCUUUGAGGUUCUGCACCAUAAUCCAGGACAUCUGUACAUCUGUGGAGGCAUAAACAUGGCUCAAGAUGUGGCCGCCACUAUCCAGGAAAUCUUAGUCCGCCGGCUGGGUAUCACUCUUACUCAGGCUGAGGAAUAUCUGUCAAGGCUCAAGAAUGAAAAGCGUUACCAUGAGGACAUCUUUGGAUCGUAGUGGUGGAGAUCACUCAUCAAUAAAUCAAUCAAUCAAUCAAUCAUAUUUAUUAAUAUAGCACAUUUAAAAACAACACGUUGGUACCAUCCCAUUUAAGCCCUUAAAAACAAAUAAUAACAUCUUAUACUUUAUCCUAAAUUUAAAUGGAAGCCAAUGAAGGAAUGCUAGUUCUUCCAAAUCAUUAAAAGACAAAAGGGGUUAAAUUUCUCUAUAUUCCUUAAUUGGAAGAAGCCACAUCUAUAACCACUGAAUAUCCUUAUCAAACUUUAACUCGGCAUCAAAAAGGAGGGCCAAAACACUAUCACUUCAGUCUUUCAAAUGAAAAAAAUUAUACAAGAUUAUACCAUCUUGAUCUUUUCAAUAUCCAAACACACCAAAAAGGGGGUUAUUUUAAUCUCUUUAUUUUCAAACAGCUUCCAAAAUCUCUCUUAACUAAGAGGGAGGAGUCAAAUAAAAAUCACCAAUAUACACUGGAAACACAAAAAAAUUAGAAGAAAUGUGUUAAUUGUGGAAUGUACAGUUCUGAUUAUAGAAAGCAUUUUAUUUCCUACUUGUAAAUAAACUAUUUUUUAAUGUAUUUUUUACCUGUUUUUGGGAAGACUGACCUGCUCUUUGUUAUUAUAGUCAUAUAUAGUCAAUAGUCAUUGAGUAGUGCUUUUAUGGCUAUACUAAUUACAUUAACAAAUCUUUUAUAUUCUACAUUUGCCAUGCUCAAUAAAACAAUAGGUAUCUCCUCUGUUGUGGGCUUCAAAAAUCACAAGAACAUCUGACCCUUAGUUUGAACCAAAAUGUUGGUCAAUCAAAAUUUGCAUGUACAAAAUGCUUAUAUAAUCAGUGAUUUAAAAAUGUACUAUUUUCCCCCCUUGGGUUUCACUUUGUUUGUCUAUUCUAGCUUCACAUUUUCAGUUUAAACCAUGUCUUAAUGUCUUAAUUGUUUGUAGACUUGAAUUCUCUGUAUUAAUAAAAUAAUAAUAAUAAUUAGUUUAAACCAUGAGGCUACCUGUAUUCACUGUGUUUAUUGUCAAACCUUUGGCUCAUGCUUUCUUAUAAUCACCCCUUACAGUGUUAAGUGUUGUAUAAAGUUGUAAAUGGAUGUUUAUGGUAAAUAUUGCAUCUUAUAAUAAAGUCAAGUU